CAGGGUCGACAUGUUAAAACAGGUCAGCUGGCGGCCAUCAAAGUUAUGGAUGUCACUGAGGAUGAAGAGGAGGAAAUCAAACUGGAGAUAAAUAUGCUGAAGAAAUAUUCUCAUCAUAGAAAUAUUGCAACAUACUACGGUGCUUUUAUUAAAAAGAGCCCUCCAGGACAUGAUGACCAACUCUGGCUUGUGAUGGAGUUCUGUGGGGCUGGGUCCAUUACAGACCUCGUGAAGAACACCAAAGGGAACACGCUGAAGGAAGACUGGAUAGCUUACAUCUCCAGAGAGAUACUGAGGGGACUGGCACAUCUUCACAUCCAUCACGUGAUUCACCGGGACAUCAAGGGCCAGAAUGUACUGCUGACCGAGAAUGCAGAGGUGAAACUGGUUGAUUUUGGUGUGAGUGCUCAGCUGGACAGGACGGUUGGGAGGAGAAAUACCUUCAUAGGCACCCCCUACUGGAUGGCUCCUGAGGUCAUCGCCUGUGACGAGAACCCAGAUGCCACCUAUGAUUACAGAAGUGACCUUUGGUCUUGUGGCAUUACGGCCAUUGAGAUGGCAGAAGGUGCUCCCCCUCUCUGUGACAUGCAUCCAAUGAGAGCACUGUUUCUCAUUCCCAGAAACCCUCCUCCCCGGCUGAAGUCAAAAAAAUGGUCAAAGAAAUUUUUUAGUUUUAUAGAAGGGUGCCUGGUGAAGAAUUACAUGCAGCGGCCCUCCACAGAGCAGCUUUUGAAACAUCCUUUUAUAAGGGAUCAGCCAAACGAAAGGCAAGUUAGAAUCCAGCUUAAGGACCAUAUAGACCGGACCAGAAAGAAGAGAGGAGAGAAAGAUGAAACGGAAUAUGAGUACAGUGGGAGUGAGGAAGAAGAGGAGGAAGUGCCUGAACAGGAGGGAGAGCCAAGUUCCAUUGUCAACGUGCCUGGUGAAUCGACUCUGCGGCGGGAUUUCUUGAGACUGCAGCAGGAGAACAAGGAACGUUCGGAGGCUCUUCGGAGACAACAGCUCCUGCAGGAGCAGCAGCUCCGCGAGCAGGAAGAAUACAAAAGGCAGCUGCUGGCCGAGAGGCAGAAACGGAUCGAGCAGCAGAAGGAACAGAGGCGGCGGCUAGAAGAGCAACAAAGGAGAGAGCGUGAAGCUAGACGGCAGCAGGAACGUGAACAGCGAAGGCGAGAACAAGAAGAGAAGAGGCGUCUAGAGGAAUUGGAGAGAAGGCGUAAAGAAGAAGAAGAGAGGAGACGGGCAGAAGAAGAAAAAAGAAGAGUUGAAAGAGAACAGGAGUAUAUCAGGCGACAGCUAGAAGAGGAGCAGCGGCACUUGGAAAUCCUUCAGCAGCAGCUGCUCCAGGAGCAGGCCAUGUUACUGGAGUGCCGAUGGCGGGAGAUGGAGGAGCACCGGCAGGCAGAGAGGCUCCAGAGGCAGUUGCAACAAGAACAAGCAUAUCUCCUGUCUCUACAGCAUGACCACAGGAGGCCGCACCCGCAGCAGCCGCCACCACCGCAGCAGGAAAGGAGCAAGCCCAGCUAUCACGCUCCAGAGCCCAAGCCCCACUACGAACCCGCUGACAGAGCUCGAGAGGUGGAAGAUAGAUUUAGGAAAACUAAUCACAGCUCCCCUGAAGCCCAGUCUAAGCAGACAGGCAGAGUAUUGGAGCCACCAGUGCCUUCCAGAUCAGAGUCCUUUUCCAAUGGCAACUCCGAGUCUGUGCAUCCUGCCCUGCAGAGACCAGCCGAGCCACAGGUACAGUGGUCCCACCUGGCAUCUCUCAAGAACAAUGUUUCCCCUGUCUCGCGAUCCCAUUCCUUCAGUGACCCUUCUCCUCCCAAAUUUGCACACCACCAUCUUCGCUCUCAGGACCCAUGUCCACCUUCCCGCAGUGAGGUGCUAAGUCAGAGUUCUGACUCUAAGUCGGAGGUACCUGACCCCACCCAAAAGGCUUGGUCUAGAUCAGACAGUGACGAGGUGCCUCCAAGGGUCCCUGUGAGAACAACGUCUCGAUCCCCUGUUCUGUCCCGUCGGGAUUCCCCACUGCAGGGCAGUGGGCAGCAAAACAGCCAAGCGGGUCAGAGAAACUCCACCAGCAGUAUUGAGCCCAGGCUGCUGUGGGAGAGAGUGGAGAAGCUGGUGCCCAGGCCUGGCAGUGGCAGCUCCUCGGGGUCCAGCAACUCAGGAUCCCAGCCUGGGUCCCACCCUGGGUCUCAGAGUGGUUCCGGGGAGCGCUUCAGAGUGAGAUCAUCGUCCAAAUCUGAAGGCUCUCCAUCUCAGCGCCUUGAAAAUGCAGCAAAAAAACCUGAAGAUAAAAAAGAAGUUUUUAGACCUCUUAAGCCUGCUGGUGAAGUGGAUUUGACCGCACUGGCCAAAGAGCUCCGAGCAGUGGAAGAUGUGCGCCCGCCGCACAAAGUGACCGACUACUCCUCCUCCAGUGAGGAGUCGGGGACGACAGACGAGGAGGACGAUGACGUGGAGCAGGAGGGCGCCGAGGAGCCCAGCUCUGGACCGGAGGACACCAGAGCCGCGUCAUCUCUGAAUUUGAGCAAUGGUGAAACGGAAUCUGUGAAAACCAUGAUUGUCCAUGAGGAUGUAGAGAGUGAACCAGCCAUGACCCCAUCCAAGGAGGGCACUCUAAUCGUCCGCCAGAGUGCAGUUGACCAAAAGCGUGCCAGCCAUCAUGAGAGCAAUGGCUUUGCCGGUCGCAUUCACCUCUUGCCAGAUCUCUUACAGCAAAGCCAUUCCUCCUCCACUUCCUCCACCUCUUCCUCCCCAUCCUCCAGCCAGCCGACACCCACCAUGUCCCCACAGACACCCCAGGACAAGCUCACUACUAAUGAGACUCAGUCCGCUAGUAGCACACUCCAGAAACACAAAUCUUCCUCCUCCUUUACACCUUUUAUAGACCCCAGAUUACUACAGAUUUCUCCAUCUAGUGGGACAACAGUGACUUCUGUGGUGGGAUUCUCGUGUGAUGGAAUGAGACCGGAGGCCAUAAGGCAAGAUCCUACCCGGAAGGGCUCAGUGGUCAAUGUGAAUCCCACCAACACUAGGCCACAGAGUGACACCCCAGAGAUUCGUAAAUAUAAGAAGAGAUUUAACUCUGAGAUUCUGUGUGCUGCCUUAUGGGGAGUGAAUUUGUUGGUGGGGACAGAGAGUGGCCUGAUGCUGCUGGACAGAAGUGGCCAAGGGAAGGUAUAUCCUCUGAUCAACCGAAGACGAUUUCAACAAAUGGAUGUCCUUGAAGGCUUGAAUGUCUUGGUGACAAUAUCUGGCAAAAAGGAUAAAUUACGUGUCUACUAUUUGUCCUGGUUAAGAAAUAAAAUACUUCACAACGAUCCAGAAGUCGAGAAGAAGCAGGGAUGGACAACCGUGGGGGACUUGGAAGGGUGUGUGCACUAUAAAGUUGUAAAAUAUGAAAGAAUCAAAUUUCUGGUAAUUGCUUUGAAGAGUUCUGUGGAAGUCUAUGCGUGGGCACCCAAGCCAUAUCACAAAUUUAUGGCCUUUAAGUCAUUUGGAGAAUUGGUACAUAAGCCGUUACUGGUGGAUCUCACUGUUGAGGAAGGCCAGAGAUUGAAAGUGAUCUAUGGAUCCUGUGCUGGAUUCCAUGCUGUUGAUGUGGAUUCAGGAUCAGUCUAUGACAUUUAUCUACCAACACACGUAAGAAAGAACCCACACUCUAUGAUCCAAUGUAGCAUCAAACCCCAUGCAAUCAUCAUCCUCCCCAACACAGAUGGAAUGGAGCUCUUGGUGUGCUAUGAAGAUGAAGGGGUUUAUGUGAACACCUAUGGAAGAAUCACCAAGGAUGUGGUUCUGCAGUGGGGAGAGAUGCCAACAUCUGUAGCAUAUAUUCGAUCCAAUCAGACGAUGGGCUGGGGAGAAAAGGCCAUAGAGAUCCGAUCUGUGGAAACUGGUCACUUGGAUGGUGUGUUUAUGCACAAAAGGGCUCAAAGACUAAAAUUCUUGUGUGAACGCAAUGACAAGGUAUUCUUCGCCUCUGUUCGGUCUGGUGGCAGCAGUCAGGUUUAUUUCAUGACGUUAGGCAGGACUUCUCUUCUGAGCUGGUAGAAGCAGUGUGAUGAGGAUUGCCGGCCCCCAGAGUCUUCAAGAUCCUGAGAACUUGGAAUUCCUUGCAACUGGAGCUCGGAGCUGCACCGGUGCAGUCCAGGACAGCUGUGGAUGCAGACACCACGUGUGGGGUUCUUUUUCACCUUUCCUUCCUGCUUCUUUCUUACCAGUUUAUCCCCAUUCUCUUCUUUUCCUUACUCAAAAAUAAAUCAAGGCUGCAAUGCAGCUGGUGCUGUUCAGAUUCUACCCUCAGGUGCUAUCAGUGUUUGAGAUUGAGCAUCAGACCAGAAAGCAAACACCUUUCCUUCAGCUCCAGAAUUCCUUGUCUCUGAACGACUCUGUCACAUGGGUGUCUGAAGGCGGAGACUAUGACCAUGCCGCUGGUGUUGGAAGUGGGCACAAGGAGGUGUGAAGUGGUGGUCUAACAAGCAGUGUGCUGAAGCAGAGAGCAGAUUUAAUAUAGUAACAUUAACAAUGUAUUUAAUUGACAUUUCUUUUUUGUAAUGUGACAAUAUGUGGACAAAGAAGAAGGUGCAGGUUUAAGAAGUUACUAUUUAUAAAAUGUGAAAGACACAGUCACUAGGAGAACUUUUUUGUGGGUGGGGCUUGGGAGGUGGGGUGGGGUGGGUUAAGGGCGCCCCAUUUUGUUUCUUUGGAGUUUUUUUUUUUUUUUGGCUUGGUCAAGAACUCAGUCAUUUUUCUGUGUACCAGGUUUUGCCUAAAUCAUGUGCAGAGGGUUCUUAAAAAAAAAAGGAAAAAGAAAAUGUGUGCAUUUGUCUAAUGGCCAGAACUUUGUUGUGUGACAGUAUUAGCACUGCCUCAGUUAAAGGUUUAAUUUUUGUUUAAACCUGGAAGUGCGACACCAGUUUCACCAUAGUCUGCACUUAACAGAGGAAAAAAAUUUUUUUUCAACCACAUUUAUUUUUUUGCCUACCUCAUUGUUUUUAAUGCAUUAAGAGGUGGUUUAGUUUAUAUGUUUUUGGAGAAAGACAUUAAUGUUUAAUUUAAUCUUAAUACCAAAACUAUCAGAUUGAAGUGUAACUGUUCUUUUGUCACAGGUCUCAGUAGGCACAAGAGAAAUUGUCCCUGAAGACAAGAAAUAGCCAUAUGGCUUUAUCAUGCUGAUUAAUGCAGCCUGCUUUCUAAGUUGAGAGAGCAGAAUGCUUUGUUUUCACCAUAUUCACCAUUAGUGGCUGAUGGGCAGCGUAGCCUACAACACAAGGGGCCUCAUUGUUCUCCGUUGGGGGUUUGGUAGCAGACAGGUGGUCAUAUUAGAAUAGUCACACAAACUGUUCAGUGUUGCAGGAACCUUUUCUUGGGGGUGAGGAUAUUUCCCUUUUUUAAAAAUGCAAUGCACUAAAACUAUUUUAAGAAUGUAGUUAAUACUGCUUAUUCAUAAGACAGCAUCUUCCUGUGUUUUAGGUAUAAUAUCAAAGCCCUGGCUUUUCUUGUUUGCUCACUUGCUCUCUUGUUCUCUCUCUGUUUUUUAAACCAGUUUUACUUUAUGAAUAUGUUCAUGACAUUUGUAAUAAAUGUCUUGGGUAAUAAUUUGUUUCAUGGCUUCAUGGUCACUCAAUUCCUCUGAGGACGUUAAUCUCUUGGUACAGGAGCAAUGCCCAGUGUCCUGGUUCUCCUGUCUUGCUUUCCUCUUGUUGAGUUCUGAGUUGGGAAUGUUGUGUGAUGGCUACUUUAAACUUUGUUCACCAGACAGAAGCUUGGUGUUUCAUAGGUUUAAUCCUCCUUUGUAGUUAAUUUUCUUUUAUAACAUGAAAGUGGGGAAUUUUCCGCCCAAAAAUGUAGUAAUUAUUUGCACCUAUUUGCCGAGGCUUUGCCCAGCAUUGUCAUCCCUCUUAGCAUCCGUUUUAAAUGCUGUCGUUCUCUUCCUCCUGGUUCAGCAUUUUUGCCAAAGGCUCUCAUUUGAAUUACAAAAAUCUAGUGAAAAAUACAUACACUCAGAAAUGCAUAAAUGACAGCUGGUUGUGCAUACCCACAAAGACAAGAUAAGCUGAGAAAGCUUUCCUCUCUUUUGGAAGGACAAGGCCGUGGAAAUGGUUUUCCCAUGUGUGUGACUUUAGAGUAGUGCUCAUGUCCAAAGCAGAAAGAACUAGAUUUUUCCUACAAAUUUGUAGUUAACAUAAAGAAGAUUGAAGAGUUAAUGCCACCUUUGGAGAAGGGACUUCUGAGAUAGGCCAGAUUCCAUCACCAUAGGACUUCAAUCAAAAAUCAGAUUUCUGCUGGCGAUUUCCUAACAUGUUUGGCUUUGCAAGUGAGAUGGCACGUGCCAGUGAACACGUGUGCAUGCCAAGAGGAGAAAGAAUUGGAUGGCUUGAUCGAUUGUAGCCCCUCCACGGCUUUAGAGAGAGGUAAAAGUUGGGCAGGUUUCUUUGGAAAAAUACUGAACUUCUGAUACCAGUGUGGAAAAAAUAAAAAAGAACGAGGUAUCAUGAUCUUAAUUAUCCACAGACUUGAAGCUCAGUGUCUCUAAGUCAAGAUGUGUUUCACAAAUAAUGCAAGUGGUAUGUCAUUGAAGUUACUGAGUAUUUAGAACUUGACAAAGACUGGCUUUCCCUUAUGAAGUGAUGGAGUCUGUGCUCAGGUCAGAAUGGUCCUGUCCCACGUGCACAGUACCAGGCCCCACCUGGCAUCUCUGGGUGUUUGAGUUGAACGGAAUCGAGUCCAUUGCUGGGCAUCAUGUACUGAGGUCGGAGCACCGUUUGUCCUGGCGCAGGCUCCUGGCGUGUGCUGUCCCUGGCUGUGGUGUCCUUCCUUCCUCGCCUCACCCUUGUUAGCCAGACUGUGUGCUGCAGCUUGAAGCAGGCGCCGAAUUAGGUUUCUUUGUACAAGAUUGUGACUUGUUGAGAUUUCAUUCUUCCACAGAAGGGAUGAUUCUUUUAACAGGGUAGUGACUUCACAGAAGUGCCAAGAUGGCAGAAUUACAGAGGAAAACAGUAUUACGAUGAUACCAUUAAAUAUGGAACAUUGGAAACUAGUAUAGCAGUGCUCUUCAAAACACAGAUGUGUCUCUAGGUUUAGUCAAAGCUUUAAUAAGUAAUACCUUUCUGUAUUUAAGUCAGAGUAACUCUGUAUUGAGUGCAGUGUUUUUACUUUUUUCUCAUGCACAUGUUAUGUUGGAGAAAAUGUUUACAAAAAUGGUUUUGUUACACUAAUGUGCAUCACAUAUUUAUGGUUUAUUUUUAAGUGAUUUUUUUAUGGGUUUUUUAGGUUUUUGUCUUAGUUGUAGUCCACUUAUGGUGAUUCAUAAUCCCUAAUUUUGCCAAUUAUAAAUUUGCUAAACAGUAAUAAAAACGACAAACUGCAUUAAAUUUACUAAUCAUAGAGCUGCAAAGCAGACUGGUGGCAAGUACACAGCCUUCUUUUUUUCAGUGCUAAUUUGUCUUCUGUGUAUUAUGAAAAUUACUGUUGUCCCUCCUCCUCCCCCUUUUUUCCUUAAAUAAAGUAAAAAUGACACCUAUCUUA